AUGCUGUCGUCGUCGAUGGUUGCCGCGGGCCUCUGGCGGUCGUCUCGAGCGUACCAGGUGUACGCCGCGAACACUGAUAUCGGGAAGACGGUGGUGUCAGCUCUGCUAUUCAACGCGAUUCCUUCGUAUAGGCCAUGGGCCAGGAGUAAACUUCGGUUCCUGAAGCCAGUCAGCGCUGGGCCUGCCGCCGAAGCAGACGAUAGGCACAUCUCGCGAUUCACCAGGGGAGUCACCACGGCGUGUUUGUUUGGAUAUGACCGGCCGCUGAGCCCGCAUCUCGCUGCGAAGGACCAGAAGAUACCACUAAACGAGGAGCUCCUGGAGGGCAUAACGUCUACUCUGAACAACUGGGACCGAGAGGGACCCAGUUUCGCUCUGGUUGAAUCGGCCGGAGGUGUUUUGAGCCCUGGACCAAGCGGUUUAGUCCAGGCAGACCUCUAUCGUCCGCUGCGGUUACCUGUGAUUCUCAUCGCAGACCCCAGGCUCGGAGGUAUCUCAGCGUCUAUAUCGGCCUACGAGUCGCUGUCCAUUCGUGGAUACGAUGUCGAAGGCGUUGUCCUGUUCCAGGAUCAGUACUACCAGAAUCAUGACUACCUGAAGGACUUCUUUGGCCAGAGAGAUAUCAAGGUAUUCUCAUUACCUCCGCCGCCGCGGAAGGAGAAAACCCGCAGUGAGACGGCUCUACGGAAAGAUGAAGAGGCCAUGGCGUCUUUCUACGAGAAGACUUCCAAAAACGACGAGCUCCUGGGCCUGAUAGACGAGCUCUCAGCCAAACAUACCGAGCGUAUAACGCGGCUCGAGUCGAUGUCUGAAAAGGCCAGGGACAUCGUCUGGUAUCCCUUCACCCAACACAACGGAAUGUCUCCGAAGGAUAUUGCUGUUAUAGACUCAGCGUACGGUGAUUGUUUCCAGACUUUAAUCCCUGCUGAUAGCAACGAGGCCGAACGUGUGUUACGGUCAACAUUUGACGGGUCAGCGUCAUGGUGGACUCAGGGUCUUGGGCAUGGAAACCCAGACCUAGCUCUCACAUCCGCCUAUGCCGCUGGUAGAUACGGACAUGUCAUGUUUGCAGGAACCAUCCACGAACCGGCUCUCGCUCUGUCAGAACAUGUAUUGAAAACAUCUGGUAACCCUCGUCUCCAAAAGGUAUUCUUCACUGAUAAUGGUAGCACGGGGAUGGAGGUUGCCUUAAAGAUGGGUUUACGAGUGUCUUGCUCAAGAUACGGAUGGGACGCGAGUAGAGAGAAUAUCGGUAUUCUCGGGCUCAAGGGCAGCUACCACGGUGACACCAUUGGUGUGAUGGACUGCUCGGAGCCUUCCACUUAUAAUAAAAAGGUGGAAUGGUACAGAGGCCGUGGGUAUUGGUUUGACUUUCCCAUGGUUAAGAUGACGAACGGCGUAUGGAAAGUCGCUGUGCCUGAGGGUUUGAGACGGGAGCUGGGAGACGACGUAUCAUUCUCAAGUAUAUCCUCUGUCUUCGAUUUGAACGCGCGCAAGGGGUCCAAUAUCGCACUCAGGUAUAGAAAGUAUAUCAAACAGACGAUCGAGGAUGUCGUCCAGAGUGGCCAGAAACUCGGCGCUCUCAUCAUUGAGCCUAUAAUCCUGGGAGCCGGGGGAAUGCUAUUCUGUGACCCCUUAUUCCAACAAACCCUCGUCCAAGUAGUUCGAGAAAACCCGCAAAUAUUCAGCCGAGCUCACCCACAAUCCACUUCACAGCCUACUUCAUCAACGUCCUGGUCUGGCCUGCCUGUGAUCUUCGACGAAGUGUUCACUGGCAUGUACCGCCUUGGCCGUCGCACGGCUGCGUCAUUUCUAAAUGUUGACCCAGACGUAUCAGUCCACGCAAAGCUACUGACAGGUGGCCUCAUGCCCCUUUGCACAACGUUAGCGAGCAACGAAAUCUUCGACGCUUUCGAUAGUCCUCACAAAUCAGAUGCACUUCUACACGGCCACAGCUACACAGCGAACCCUGUGGGAUGUACAGUUGCAGUAUCAUCGCUUCAAAAGAUGAAAAGCAUGGAGGACACUGGGUAUUGGAGUGAGUAUGUGCAGGAUUGGAGGAGGGCAGCUGUAAAGACGGCCAAUAGCACGAAAGGUGCGCCGGGCCCCGAGGUAUGGAGUUGCUGGUCGCAGGCUCUUGUGUCAGACCUAUCAUAUGCGGAUGGCGUAGAGAGCGUAUUUGCGAUUGGCUCGGUGAUGAGUAUCACAUUGAGAGACGAUGAUGGUGGAGGUAAUUUCAAGCUCCCGUCCCGACUCUAG